ACACUGGAUACAGACAACAACAGUGACAGAUCAAGACCGCAUUUCUGUUUGCAACCAGCUAUGGGUGUAGUCUGAAAAGUGGAUACAGUAGCGCACCGCAAUAUACCUCGAAGUUUUAUCCUCAUGAAGGAGCUCCGUCCUGGCUGAGUUUGGGAGAUGGGAGUACUCAACAUUGCAGACCAGCCUCCUCUGGUCCAGGCCAUCUUCAAUCGUAAUGCUGAAGAAGUUCAACUAUUAUUGCACAAAAAGGAGGAUGUCAAUGCACUGGACCAAGAGCGCCGUACGCCACUUCAUGCUGCUGCCUGUGUGGGUGACGUCCAUAUAAUGGACCUCCUCAUUGAAUCAGGUGCCACUGUAAAUGCUAAAGACCAUGUAUGGUUGACCCCGUUGCACAGGGCGGCUGCUUCCAGGAAUGAAAGGGCAGUGGGUCUGCUGCUGAGGCGCGGAGCAGAGGCAAAUGCACGAGACAAGUUCUGGCAGACACCACUGCAUGUGGCUGCUGCCAACCGUGCCACGCGCUGCGCAGAGGCCCUGCUGACCCAGCUGAGCAACCUGAACAUGGCAGAUCGCACCGGCAGAACUGCCCUGCACCACGCAGCUCAGAGUGGGUUCCAGGAGAUGGUGAAGCUGCUGCUGAACAAAGGGGCCAACCUGAGUGCCAUCGAUAAGAAGGAAAGACAGCCUAUCCAUUGUGCUGCUUACUUGGGGCAUUCAGAGGUUGUGAAGUUGCUGGUGUCCCGCAGUGCAGACAAGAGUUGCAAGGAUAAGCAGGGCUACACACCUCUCCAUGCUGCUGCUGCAAGUGGUCACAUCGAAAUUGUAAAGUACCUACUGAGGAUGGGGACAGAGAUUGAUGAGCCCAAUGGCUUUGGAAACACCGCGCUCCAUGUGGCUUGCUACAUGGGUCAGGAGGCUGUGGCUACCGAGCUUGUGAACCAUGGAGCUAACGUGAACCAGCCCAACAAGUGCGGCUACACCCCUCUGCACCUGGCCGCCGUCUCCACCAACGGUGCCCUCUGUCUGGAGUUGCUGGUCAACAAUGGGGCAGAUGUCAACCAGCAGAGCAAAGAAGGGAAGAGCCCCCUGCACAUGGCAGCCAUUCAUGGACGCUUCACACGCUCUCAGAUCCUCAUCCAAAAUGGUGGGGAAAUUGAUUGUGUGGAUAAGUAUGGCAAUACUCCUCUCCACGUUGCUGCUAAGUACGGCCAUGAACUGCUGAUCAGCACUCUGAUGACCAACGGAGCAGACACGGCCAGACGUGGGAUCCAUGGAAUGUUCCCCUUGCACUUAGCUGUGCUGUACGGGUUUUCAGACUGUUGUCGCAAGUUACUCUCCUCAGGUCAGCUGUAUAGUAUAGUUUCAUCCAUGAGUAAGGAGCAUGUACUUUCGGCUGGGUUUGACAUAAACACCCCUGACAACUUUGGGAGGACCUGUCUACACGCUGCUGCCUCUGGAGGAAAUGUUGAAUGUCUGAACUUGCUCUUAAGUAGUGGUACCGACUUGAAUAAGAGGGACAUAAUGGGAAGGACACCGUUGCACUAUGCGGCUGCUAAUGGGAGGUACCAGUGCACUGUGACCCUGGUGAGCGCUGGCGCUGAGGUCAACGAGCCUGACCAGACAGGCUGUACUCCCCUGCACUACUCUGCCGCCUCCCAAGCCUUCAGCAGAGUUGAUCGUCAUUUUUCUGGGAACCAUCAGAAUGAUGAGGAUGAGGCGAAGGAGUCGUACUUCUGCUUGGAGCAUCUUUUGGACAAUGGUGCUGAUCCCUCGAUGGUCAACUCAAAGGGUUACAGUGCUGUUCACUAUGCAGCUUACCACGGCAACAAACAGAACCUGGAGCUGCUCCUGGAGAUGUCCUUCAAUGCACUAGGAGACAUAGAGAGCAGUAUUCCAGUCAGUCCACUGCAUCUUGCUGCUGAUAAGGGUCACUGGCAGGCUCUGCGUGUGCUGACGGAGACUGCAGCUUAUGUGGACAUGCAGGACGCUGCAGGGCGUUCUGUGCUCUACUUGGCUGCUCAGAAAGGCUUUGCCCGCUGUGUGGAGGUGCUGUUGGCUCAGGGGGCCUCCUGUCUCCUCAAUGACAACCGCCUCAUGUGGACUCCGAUCCAUGUUGCAGCUUCCAAUGGUCACUCAGACUGCCUGCGCAUGAUGAUUGAUUAUGGAGAGGAGGGGGAUCUCACCAAUGUUGCAGACAAAUUUGGCCAGACCCCUUUGAUGCUAGCUGUCCUGGGAGGUCACACUGACUGUGUCCACUUCCUGUUGGAGAAGGGUGCUUUGCCAGAUGCCAAGGACAAGAGGGGCAGCACAGCUUUGCACAGAGGGGCGGUGUUGGGCCAUGACGACUGUGUGACAGCCCUGCUGGAGCACAAAGCUUCUGCACUGUGUCGGGACAUCCAGGGUAGGACACCGCUGCACUACGCUGCAUCCAGAGGCCACACGGAGAUCCUGGCCAGUCUGGUGCAGGCCGCCAUGGCAACAGACCCACACGAUAAACUGCUGGACAACAAACAAUACACCCCAUUACACUGGGCUGCUUACAAAGGGCAUGAAGACUGUUUGGAGGUUUUACUUGAAUUCAAAACAUUUAUCCAUGAAGAGGGAAACCCUUUCACCCCCCUGCACUGUGCUCUGAUGAAUGGCCACAGCGGUGCUGCAGAGAGGCUGCUGGAGUCUGCUGGGGUCCACAUGAUUAACACCAGAGAUGCCAAAGGAAGGACCCCACUGCAUGCUGCUGCAUUUGCUGAGGAUGUCGCGGGACUUCAGCUGGUGCUUCGCCAUGGGACAGAGAUCAACGCAGUGGACAACAGUGGACGCUCUGCUCUGAUGGUAGCUGCUGACAAGGGACACAGUGGCACCGUGGCCAUCCUCCUUCACCGGGCCAAGGCUGACCUGACACUGCUGGACGAGAACAAGAACACUGCCCUGCACCUGGCCUGCAGCAAGGCUCAUGAGAUGUGUGCCCUGCUGAUUCUGGGGGAGAUCCACAGUCCCACACUUAUAAAUGCCACCAACAGCGCUCUGCAAAUGCCCCUCCAUCUUGCAGCACGCAAUGGCCUGGCGACGGUGGUGCAGGCACUGCUGAGUAGAGGAGCCACUGUGCUGGCUGUGGAUGAGGAAGGCCACACUCCAGCGCUGGCCUGUGCUCCUAAUAAGGACGUGGCAGACUGCCUGGCUCUGAUCCUCUCUACCAUGAAGCCUUUCCCCCAGCGGGACCCUUCCUCCUGCUCCUGCUCCUCCCCCACCGUCUCCCCCUCCCCGGGUCUCAACUUGCUGAAGCACUGCGGCAUCACCGCCACCUGCGCCCCCCUGCCCAGCAACGGCCUCCACAACGGCUACGUCAAAGACCGUCACGGUGCACCGGUUGGCCUGGACGGGUGUCUGUCUGAGUGAGGUCAUGCGCCCCCUCUCAGUCAGCUGCUAUCACCAUCAUCACCACCAGGGGGGGACGCCCUUUAACAUGGCCCCAGAGGACCAGGAGAGCACCCACCCACAUGUCUGUUCUCUGUGUAUGUAUGUGUUCGUGUGUCUGUGUGUGCGUGAGUGUUUGGUCUUCUCUUGAGGUGCAGUCAAACCUAAUAUGCAAUUAGAUCCCAUUCCUCCAUCUCCUAGUAGUGCUUAAUACGUAGAGGCAGAUUGCUCUACAAGGUCACUCGGAUGAAGUGUGGCAUCCAAAACAAACACUAGCAAUCUGGCCAUCUCGAAACCAUUUAACCCUUUAAAACCAUGUCGACAUAAUUAUAUAACCGACAUCUAAGCGCAUGGAAACCUUUGUAUCUUUCUCGUCAUAUCACUCGAUAUAAAAGUCAUAUCAUGUUAAUUAGUUGCAGUGACCUUGUAGAGGAACAUCGAGCCUUCCCAAAAGAAUGAUCAAAGAGUUUCUUUGUUUGUUUUUUUGAUUUUCUUUUUUUUUUUUUAUUUCCUUUUUUUUUGUAAUUGUCCGUUAGCCUAGAUUUUUAUGAAGGAACCACACAAGGGAAAAAAAAUCUAAAAUCUUUGCUUAAGAGUGCAAUGCUUGUGUACUACAGUACAAUCCGAAAUUUUGGAAAAGGGUCACAAAGAUGUUAAUUCCAUAGUGUACUUUAAACGUACGGCCGAGAAUCGUUUUGGCAUUUUACGAUAAUUUGGUAAUGCUGCUGAAUACAUUAGCACGUCUCCUUCCGAAGGAGAGCCAUGUUCGGGUCGGCAUUGUUAACACCGAUUUGUUCUUAAUGCUGACUUCAUGUUUUAAAGAUGCUAAAUAAGUGUUUGUUAAGCUAGAAUGUUUCUAAGCAUAUAACUUAUGACCAAAGUUGAUCAACACUAUUAUGGCUAUAAAUUAUUUAUUUGAGAUGAACUGUACUGUAUAGAGAAAGACAAUAGAUCUUGAUAUACCUCGUCAACUCGUUUAGCAGCUGCUUCAUCUUCACCCAGGGUCCGUAGGCCUAAAUGUUCUCUUUUUGUAGGACUGGAGAACUACUGUAGGAUAGUGACUGACUGAGGCCUUGUUUAUUUCUAGAUGAAGGCUUUACUAGUAAUAUCUGCCAACAACACCUCAUCAAAGCAUCAUAUAUCUGAGCACAUAAAUGAACAAGCCAUUUCAAUUUAUUUCCCAUCUCUUAUAACAGUGUUUUUUGGAGCAGAUUUCAGAAUUCGAAUGGCCUAAUUAUCGAAAGAGAGCAAUCAGUUUUUGGUUUUUAGGCACUCAUAAUUUUUUUUUUGUUGUUGUUGUUGUUGUUGUUUGUUUUUCUUGUGUUACUGAAGUUGAACCGGCCAUCAGCUUAUAAAGAGCUCACACUAUAGGAGUAUUUCUCGGAGCUGGUGAACUAGUCUUAAACAUCUAAUAGCUUCAACUUCUCGGUGGUCAACUCUGAUCAGAUAAAAGUAUUUUUUAUUGGGCAGUUUUCAAGCAAUAUUUUCUUUUGGCCUUUUUUUUGUUUAUUGAAUAGACAAUCACUGUCACAAGGGCUUUUGUUUCCCUGGAAUGUGUUUUUUUUUUUUUUUUUUUUGGUUUUUUUUUUUCAUGAAAAAUUUACCUAAAGACUAAACGAAUGGCUCUGUGUGUGCCGGGCAUUUUACUGUCAGUGUCAACACAAAUGCACUGGAUCGCCUUUAUGGCAUCUCAUGAAAUGCCUUUUGACCCAUGCCUUCCGUAACACAUCAUUUCAGUUGGAUUGCGUAAUGGCAGAUGAGCCCUGAGACCGAGUAUCUUUCCACCCGUUUGGUAGCAACAGCAUUGAACCACGGUUGCACCCCAAGUAUCUAGUGGGAGAAAAGAAACCCGGCGUAUCUUUAUACGUUGUGGCGUUAUCAAUGACCAGGGAGUUGAUAUAUCCCUGAUUGAGGCAAAUAGGGCUAAGAGGAAAAGGAGAGGGAUCUUUGCUUAGGCCAAUACCUGUUGUUUAGAUUUCAGGAAUAGCAGAAAUCCAAAUAUGUGCUUUUUUGGUGUUCAUUUUUUUGUCUCCUCAUCCCAUUUCUGGUACUAAAGAUGAUUGUAUCGGACCACUAGAGCUGUUUGUGACUUUUAGAUGUUAUAUCUAUGCUAUUUUGUUGUUUUUUUAAGACCAUCUGCUGGUGGUUAAAUUACACUGAGUCAGAUUGUUUUCAUUGGUGUGAUGACUUCAUAUCCACUGGUAAUGAAGUGGCACAAUUGCACACAUUAGUUGACUGGAUGAGAGAUGAGGACCUAGACUAGUCGAUGCCGUUUAAUAUCCCCUUUCACGUUGUCGUAUUUUACUAGUCCAUUUCAGAGCGGUGAUUUCUCAGAGUCAGUGCCGUAGAUUCGUAGUUUCAAUUGACCUCCAUAACUGACUGAAAUGAAGUGGAACUAAUUGGUGAUCCCCAGCCUUUUGUUCUCUUGAUCAAUUUUAAUUUUCACAAGGACACUUAUAUUAGUAUUAACAUUAGGUUUAGGUACAUAUAUAUUUUUUUGUAAUCUCAGGAUCUGUGCUGAAGCAGCGGGCAGAAUUUAUUAAUCCAAUCAGAUCUCAGCAGGAUGAUUACAUUUUUUUUCUGAUGGGAUGUUCCAUGAUUUAAUUCCUUUUUAACCCUAAUCCCACAGCACUUAAUUAGAUAGUCAAGCACGCACUUUAGUACAUUCAGGUUCUAAGUGUGCAAAAUGGAGCAGAUGUAAUGUAUGUACUUAUGUUUACAUGCAUGUGUGUUGCUGCUGAAUACAGGAAGGUAGAGUUGCAAAAGGCAAGUAAAGGCUGCAACAAAAUUGUACUCUAAUGCAUUAUUUGAAAAAAAAAGUGUCUCUUUGGGACAGUGUCCACUGCCCACUGACUUUUUUUUGCAUUAUCUAUUUCUGGGCGACCGGGCUCAAAAAAAAAAAAAAAAAAAAAAGUGACAAGGUUAUAUUACCCAGCCUACUGUUAAUAAUACAGAGCCGAAGUCACUUAAAAGUCAGUCCAGUGCUUCAACACCUCAGGCAGGCUUCUCGAAAUACUCUACACACUUUCUCUGCCAUCUGUAGGUGCUGUCAGACCGGUCUGUUCGGGCAGGGAUUUUUCUCUCUCUUGUGAUGUCCUUAUCUGACCAGUAAACGGAGCCAUUGCCCCUGCGACUAUACAAGUUGUAACUGAAUCCUUUUGUUGUAUCACAGUAUUCUUAUACAUGCUUUUUUUUUAUUUGUGUGUACCAGUGAGUGAUUGUGCAUGGAGCUAGAUCACAAAUUUUGAUAUAGCGGCGAUUAAAGCAAGCGGAGCAUAUAUACAAUAUAUCUGGUUGUCGGAAAGCAAUGAAAGGUCCAAUUGUAGCAAUAGAGAGUGUGUGUAAUAGUGUGCAGCACAAAUAUUGCACUGCCAUCCAUUUAGGCCAAUUCAGUAAAUCAUAGCAUAAAUGCCAAUGGAAGAUUUAAAAUGCGGGUUAGAUGUUAUAAUCUUUGGUCACAAAUAAGGCCUGUUUGCCAAAAUGUGUCGAGAGGGGGGAACCCUCUCAGAAAAGCAGCAAUGGAUUUAUGCAUAUGUUCAAGCAGUUUACAGUCUGACCAUCAAAUCUGAGCCAUGAAUUUUUCUGACUGAAAUGAAUGUAGGGUCAGUUUAGAGAAGGAAAAUUUGCUUUCUCCCGACUUUAAACUGUUGCUCUUCAUUUGUCUUGCGUAGAUAUGAUUAUACAGGUAGCAUGUAAUAUCCUAAUUCUCUACAUAUUAUACAGUAUGUGUAGUAGUCUUCCUGCAUCGAGGGUCUGGAUAGUUUUGUUUUUUUUUUGGCAUUAUUGUUGGAGUAUAGGCCUGCUGUUGUUGAAGAAUAUCUUUCUCUAUACAUAUAUAAUUGUGUGGAGUGUAGCCUACAAAGGUAAACAGAGGACAAGAGUUCAGAUGAAAUUAACAUCAUCCAUUCCAUUGAGAUUGCCUUACAGUACAGUAAAACAAGAGGGACAAAAGGUCUACAGUAGAUACGAUCACACAUACUCGUAAAAUAGCCUAUAUUUGACAAAAAUGCACCUAAGCUACACCCAUUUAGUGCCAUAGAAACCUUUAUUUGCCUUUAGACAUAAAUCAUACUUGGUCAGUAACUUAUUCAAAAGUAGGCAGGAUUAGUACAGUUUUGUGUUCAGAGCUGCAUGUCUUUUCACCAAUUAUAUUAGUCAAAGAAUAUAAAUAUUUGCAUGGGAUAUUAGUACUUAAAUGCAAGUAUUCUGUUGAAAUUUGGUGUUGGUAGAAGUCUAUUGUAUAAUUGGACAUUUUUGAAGAUUAUAGUUAGUUCCCUUUGGUAUUGGCAAAGCAAUCCCUUGGUUGUGUGUUUGUUUAACGAGACGGUUUAUAAUGUGUGUGCGUGUGGGAAAAAGAAAUACAUUUUUGAUGUCCAAAAAAAAAAAAAAAGCAUGGUAUAUACAGUAUAGAAUUGAUUUGCCUCAAUGGAUGUCUCGGUUCUUACUUGAAGUAAAUGGCAAAUUUCAAUUCAACUCUCUGAUCCACUGUUGAGCCUUUUGCCUUAAAAGCUGAAAAAAGGAAAUGAUACCUGGCAGUACCUGAUAAGUUGCAUCACCUGUAGAGUUAUGCUACUUGGUUGGAUUGCUAAAAAAAAAAAGAAAAAAAAGAAGAAAUUCUUGGCUAAUUUUGGUCUUACAGACAUAGUCGGGUGUCGAGAAGCACAUAAAAUCAAUUGAGGUAGCACAUAGCUCAAGGUUGCCAUGGUGCAGAGAUUGUCGUGAGAGGUUAGGAUAUCGCCAUAUUUGCCACUGUGAAUGAAUGAAUUCAGAAUUCACUCGUAAACAAUCAACUUUGGCUUCUCCGUCAUCCAGAGCCAAAAUGACACUGGGGAUAAAAGUGGUGUACCUCAAAAAAAUAAAAAAAAUAGUCGGACAGGAAGGAAAUUGUUGUGCUUGUACAGCUAUGCUAACAAAGAGUCAAAAUCUUGUGGUCCAUCUUGUCGUGGGUAGUGUAAUUCUGCUUAAACCAGCCUAAAUCAGAGAUGUAUCCACGCAGAAGUGUUAGAUUAGUGUCGGCAGAUGUCUCAUGUUUCCUACCUUACAGAGGGGCAGCCAACUGCACCUUGUACUUUUUAUUGGACCUGCAGUUUUACCUCAUCAGUGAUCUUUUCGUGUGACGACGCUGACAUUUACCCUCUGUGAUUUCUCCUCGUUUCUCCUGAUGCCAGUCGUGUAGAUUUCUCUCUUAUAGCGCGUGUGUGAGUGACUUUUCAAUAUAUGCAUGUCGAACCUAAACAUGCACAAACAUGCCCUUUUUUAAAAGCAUAGUUAACCCUCUUCAUUACAACCAACACGUUAUCGAGUCAUAAAGGGUGAUGGGUGCAGUCUAAUUCAAGGUGGGGAAUGAAGGUAGCUAUAAAACUUUACCUCUGUAAGUCAAAACAAUACAAUUUGACUGUAUGACUAAUGCUAGUUUGACCGCCUUCCCUGCCUGAACACUUGGUUAUUAACCCCCCCCACCCCCCCCCCCCACCACCAAUAGGACCUGUGUAAUAUCGAGCACAGUGGUGGCAUGGUGCCUUUUAUUCAUUACUACCGAAAGGUACGGUCUUCCAUUUGUAUUUCCCAGAAGCCUUAUAAUGGGAAAAAGAAAUUACACUGAAAGUACACGACUACAGUAGAUCGGCUCUUAUUCCCUCUGAGCGUGAUUAUUUCAACCCUAUGUGAUCUGAGAAAAAAAAGAAAAAAAAAAGCCUAAAUAUCUUCGUCUGGAUUUUUAUUUCCAGUGACUGAGUGCUCCCUUUGGGUGGCGGAAUAAAUUGCACAUUACCGAUGCGAUUUAGGGCACAUCAAACACUGAACGGAUCAAAAGUAUGAAAGCACAAAUCCAAAGAAGGCACCUCGGGGCUCGGUUAGCUCUCCAAACACCAAGGAGCGAAGGAGCCUAUAGACCAAAUUUAGGCAAAGACGAGAGGAAGACCAUCCCUCUGAGUGCAGAGAACAUGAGGUUUGACUGUCAGUAACACAUCAACUGUAGAAAGACCUGGAGUUUCAGAGCUUCACUCUGAUUGUUCUUCUCAGCUCUUUGGUAUUCAUCGACAAUUAGUAACGAAGCGAUGCGGUACCUGCAUUCAAGAUCAAGUUUAGGCUGUUUGUUGUGACUGUGUUGCGAAUUGAUUGUAGAGAUUGCUUUGUGUUAUUUAGGGUAGACUGACUACAAGUAGGGGUUGCAGUAGUAGCUGUGUGCAGUGUUAAUAACAGUGUGAUCAUACUAUAGAAGUGACGUAACAUUUGUUGUCUUACCACGACAUUAAGGCAUGAAUCAUCUUCUCUUCAAGCUGACCUCGUUUUGAAAUAGACAAAAGAUAAAAAGUGCAAUAACCUUUUGUUUAUCAUUGCUUCCUCUGUUGAAAAAAAACUAUUUAAUAUGCCCUUUUUUUGUUAACACCAAAAGUCACUCAUCUGUAGCAAAUGAAGGAUUUCAAGUCGUCCUUCUGUUUGUAUUCAGAGAGGUGGCGUUUGAUAGUGCGAGUGUUUGAUAUUCCAUUCUUAAAACUGUGAUCAAUAUCCGACUUUAAAAAGCUGCCUGCUCAGAAUGGACUGUGCACAAGUUGACUGAUAGAUUUGAGUAGGUGCUUUUUUUUUUUUUUUU